AUGGAGUCUCUCAUCCUGCAACUUCAUGAGAUAUCCGCCGUGAAGUUCGGGAACUUCAAGCUGAAAUCCGGCAUCUCCUCCCCAAUCUAUAUCGAUCUUCGUCUCAUCGUCUCUUAUCCCUCCCUCCUCGGCCAGAUUUCUCAAUCCCUAAUCUCUUCCCUCCCUACCAACACCACCUUCGACCUCGUCUGCGGUGUCCCCUACACUGCUCUCCCUAUCGCUACAUGCGUCUCUGUCUCCAACAACGUUCCCAUGCUCAUGCGUCGCAAGGAGGUUGGACCAGAAAUAUGUUUGUUGAAAACGCAUGUUGACAUAUUGCCUGAUUUCACUCCAGAUUUUGGUUCAAAACUUCGCUCUAUUGCAGAUAAGCAUAAUUUCCUAAUAUUUGAAGAUCGCAAGUUCGCAGACAUUGGUAACACUGUCACAAUGCAGUAUGAAGGAGGUAUCUUUCACAUAUUAGAUUGGGCUGAUAUAGUCAAUGCUCACAUAAUUUCUGGCCCUGGAAUUGUGGAUGGACUGAAAUUGAAGGGUUUGCCACGUGGUAGGGGCCUGUUGUUGCUUGCUGAAAUGAGCUCAGCCGGAAACUUUGCCAAGGGAGAGUACACCACCGCAGCUGUGAAAAUUGCUGAGGAUCAUUCUGAUUUUGUCAUUGGAUUCAUCUCAGUUAAUCCAGCGUCAUGGCCAGGGGCACCUGUAAAUCCAGCAUUUAUUCAGGCCACUCCUGGCGUUCAAAUGGUAAAGGGGGGCGAUGCUCUUGGCCAGCAGUAUAACACCCCAUACUCUGUUAUUUAUGAUAGGGGAAGUGAUAUAAUAAUUGUGGGCCGUGGAAUUAUUAAGGCAGAAAAUCCUGCAGAGGUGGCUCGCGAAUACCGACUUCAAGGAUGGGAUGCAUAUCUGGCUAAAUGCAAAUAAUCCUUCUGUUAGUCUUGUUCACAAGGUGCAUGCUUAACUUGUUUGUCUAAUGGGAUUGUCAUCUUUGGCCUCAUUUUGUUUUACAAUAAACUUAGAGAACUGCUGAGUCUUGUUUUUGCACACAAA